AGUACCCUGGACGUAAGUCAACUUUCUGAAAACAUGGUGAUCUUUGUCCGUGUUAUGAAGAUAGACUGGACAUAGAUUACUCUGUGCUAGAAAUAAUUAGCAAUCUAUUUGAUUGGAGCUCCUGUUUGGAGUACUGAGUUUUCUUCUAAAAAUUCUAGUAGAGCUGGUCCUGGGUAGUAGAGGAAUCAGCAAAGCAAGUUAUUUCCAAGUUUGAAGAAGCAAUGACAAAAGACCUUUUAAAAUAAUGUAUUUGAUCAGAAUUUGGCAAUUAGUGAAAACCUUGUGCUUUAUCACUUACCCCUUCUCUUUAGUCCAUCUUUGAGGAGGAAGGAUUAGAGAAUUUGACAUAGGCAAAAGUGAAGAGGUCCUGAAGAGCCCAAUUAUUACUGCUUUCUUUGUAUAAACCAUGCUGUUAAAUUAGUGUGGCAUGUGUGAGCAUACGUGUGUUUCCUAGGGUUAAGCCUUUAGGAAAACCAUCUAUUAUGAAAUUUGGCACAGACACAAAAAAGUUUAUUAAAAUGUUUAUGUUGAACUGAUGUUUCCCUUCCUUUUCAUUAAAACCCGCUCUUUCCUAUAUGGGUUCUCCUAAGCCCCACUUGUCAGUCAAAUUAAUUGUAGCAUUUAGAUGCAAUCACAAUUCUCUUCCGUUUGGUCCUCAGAAGUUCCACUGAUAGACCACCAGCUCAUGCUUUCUUUAUGCCCCGGAACUUCAUCCAUCCCAUUAUUGAAUCUUAAAAAUUAAAUGACUCGAAAGAGUAUCCAAUCGAAAAUUCUUGCCACUUGAAAUGUCCACUGACCAGUCUCACAACUACUCUCAAAAACUGAGAAAGAAUUUAUAUACCAGAAGUCCUUACUACCAGUGAGGUAGUACAAAUGGUACUACCAUUUGUCCAUAAAAGUACAAAUGGUACAAAUCACUUGAUUAGUUAAGUUGAUUUCUUUAUCAAAAUUUCUAACCAGUCCUUACUGAAAAUUUCAUUAGGUAAAUACUCAAUGCCAGGUCUAAUAGGCCUGGGUUUCAGCUCAACUCUGCUACAUAUUAACUGUGAGACCUUGUUAACCUUUGUCUCUGGGCUUUAGUAUUUUCAAGAAUAAAAUGGGGAUACGAGAGUAUUUACUUAAUAGGAUUGUUGUAAAGAUUAAUUGAAAUAAUGUUUUAACUCAAAAAAAGAAAUAAUGUUUUAACUCAAGACCUGGUCGAUGAUUGGUGUAAAAUUAAAUAAAUGUAGGAAGUUUUGGAAGAUGAUAAGCUUAUUAAUUGAAGGUAGACCUAAAAAGUACUUUCUUAGAACAAAGUAUACCUGGAAAGAGGGUGUACUGUAUUAACCUAUUUGCACACCUUCUGGGGUAGUAACUCCUGGAACUCUUGAGGCCUUCACAGAUUAAAGCAGAAAACAAGCUGCUUGGAGUGAGGGUCCAAAGGUGGGGUGGAGAAUGCUCAAUAAGAGAUAAAUUCUUUAACCUAAUCUUUUUUGUAGUUUGGCCUUCGUUUCAAAGAAGCACUCAUCCGAGGUACAUCAAUGCUAUCAAUUCUCCAUAGUAAAUAAGUUGUCUUUUUUUUUAAGUUGUUCAAAUGAUGGUGAAAGGUUGAAUCUUAACAAGGAUUGACCUCAAAGCCCAGGUUCCUCUCCAUAAAGCAAAAUAGUUUCUACUGGAGCUUGUUUGUAUAAUGAAACAGAAAUAGAAAGCACUGGUAUUUAGAUGGGUUUUCUCCCUAAGGGGUCUGUUUAAUUAUAUGAAGUAUGAUUCUAAUUAUAUUAAGACUGGUUUCCACAACUAGCAUCAGAAAAUUUUCUUGACAAAAUAAAAUGAAUCUCUUUUCCUCCCUUAAGACAAAUGUGUUUUAUAACAUUUUGAAACACACAGUAAAUUUAAUUAUAGGGCUGGACUUUGCUUGAGAAUGAUUACUUGCUUUUUCAGUUCAACUUUUUUAAAUUCAAGUUUUACAUAUGUGUCACUAAAUGUUAAUUGUAGUUGUGACAUACGUAAGAACAGCUAGAAAAUCAAAACGUGAUUUAAGCUCUUAGAAAAUAUGCAACCCUCUUAAAACACAUUUUGCCAGUGUCACAUUGGAUUGAGAAACCCAAAUCCAGUGCCACAUUGGAUUGCAAGUUAUCUUUGGAGUGAAUUUUAUUAGAAAUGUGCACUUGCCCAAUCAAAAAAGAUGGGUAUGUAAUUCUUCAAACAAACAUUUACCUCACAAAAAUCCCUAAAGUUCUGAAAGCAUAACUGAUAAAUUUCAUAGCCCUGGUAAAAGCCAUAAUCAUUAUUGAUCAAAAUUGGAUGUUUGCUUAUUCAGGAGAUACGUGGCUUUAGGAUAACCCUACUAACUAUUGCCUAAUUUCAGCCACCCUCUACGAGGUCAGAGAAGGAGUUAUGAAAACUACUUUGGAGUCAGUCAUACCAUUCUCCCAGACCCUUGCCCCACAUGUCCGGAUGGAGAACCUGAAACAACCAGUCCCUGUAGGAGAUAGGCCACUGGGACUGGUGGGGGAGGGGAGGGCAGUGCCAGCCAAUCAGAAGCAUGGUCAGUCAGCGUGAAACAAUGAGCUUCUGAUGAGGGUGUGGCCUGGAAAACGGCUUUUAGACAAAACUGUCAUUUUUAUGGGCCAUACACGGACAUGGCACUUCUGUCUUCAGAAUAAUGUCACCCAGGCCCCUUUUCUGUUUUCUGCACUCCUGAAAGAUCUAGUACCUGAUCUAGGCUCUGGCUUUCCCUCAGCCUUGGAGAAAGACGAGCUUUUCUUUGUAGAAGAUCUAUUUGGGGACUAUUUGCUGUGACCAUAAAUUCCUGAACAUUUGCCUUGAACAUGAGCACUCGAAGAGAAGAAUCACAGGACCGGGCCAUCGUCAGAAUUGCAGCUCAUCUACCAGACCUCAUUGUCUAUGGAGACUUCUCUCCAGAGCGACCCUCUGUGGAUUAUUUUGAUGGGGUCCUGAUGUUUGUUGAUAUUUCAGGUUUUACUGCAAUGACUGAGCAGUUCAGCACAGCCAUGUACAUGGACCGAGGGGCUGAGCAGUUGGUGGAGAUCCUCAACCACUACAUCAGUGCAAUAGUGGAGAAAGUGUUGAUUUUUGGAGGAGACAUCUUAAAAUUUGCAGGUGAUGCGCUGCUAGCCCUGUGGAAGGUGGAGCGAAGGCAACUGAAAAACAUUAUCACGGUGGUAAUUAAAUGUAGCCUGGAGAUCCAUGGACUGUUUGAGACACAGGAGUCUGAAGAAGGCCUGGAUGUCCGAGUCAAGAUCGCCCUGGCUGCAGGCCACAUCACCAUGUUGGUCUUUGGAGAUGAAACACGCAGCUUCUUUCUGGUGAUCGGGCAGGCAGUGGACGACGUGCGCCUGGCACAGAACAUGGCGCAGAUGAACGAUGUCAUUCUGUCCCCAAACUGCUGGCAGCUCUGUGACCGGAGCAUGAUCGAAAUUGAGAGAAUUCCAGAUCAGAGAGCAGUCAAGGUUAAUUUCUUAAAACCACCUUCUACUUUUAACUUUGAUGAAUUUUUCACAAAGUGUAUGACUUUCAUGAAUUAUUACCCUUCUGGUGACCACAAAAACCUCCUGAGGCUUGCGUGCAUGCUGGAGUCUGACCCUGAGCUGGAGUUGUCCCUACAAAAGUAUGUGAUGGAAAGCAUAUUGAAGCAGAUUGAUGACAAACAGCUUCGGGGUUAUUUGUCUGAGCUUCGCCCAGUGACGAUUGUGUUUGUGAACCUGAUGUUUAAGGACCAAGACAAGGCAGAAGUCAUAGGCUCGGCCAUCCAGGAUGCCUGUGUGCACAUCAAUUCUGUCCUGAGGGUCUUCCGAGGCCAAAUCAAUAAAGUCUUCAUGUUUGACAAGGGCUGCUCCUUCCUCUGUGUCUUUGGUUUCCCUGGGGAAAAGGCUCCUGAUGAGGUCACUCAUGCCUUGGAGAGUGCUGUGGAUAUAUUUGACUUCUGCUCUCAGGUUCACAAAAUCCAUACCGUCUCCAUCGGUGUGGCCAGUGGGAUUGUCUUCUGUGGCAUCGUUGGACACUCUGUGAGACAUGAGUACACAGUAAUUGGUCAAAAAGUCAACAUAGCUGCCAGGAUGAUGAUGUACUACCCAGGGAUCGUGACAUGUGACUCUGUCACCUACAAUGGCAGCAACCUACCAGCCUACUUCUUCAAAGAGCUUCCAAAGAAGGUCAUGAAGGGUGUUGCAGAUUCUGGACCAGUCUAUCAGUGUUUGGGACUUAAUGAGAAAGUCAUGUUUGGUAUGGCAUACCUCAUCUGCAACAGAAAUGAGGGCUACCCUUUGCUGGGACGUGAUAAGGAGAUCAAAUACUUCAUGUGUAUUAUGAAGGAAUUUUUGGUGUCCAACUGCAGCCGAGUCCUAAUGUACGAAGGAUUAUCAGGAUAUGGAAAAAGCCACAUACUUAUGGAAAUCGAGUAUCUGGCCCAAGGUGAGAACCACAGGACUAUUGCUAUCGCGUUGACUAAGAUCAGCUUCCAUCAGAAUUUCUAUACCAUCCAGAUACUCAUGGCCAAUGUCCUAGGUCUGGAUACUUGUAAACAUUAUAAAGAACGACAGACCAACCUUCAAAAUAAAGUCAAGACUCUGUUGGAUGAGAAGUUCCACUGUCUCCUGAAUGACAUCUUCCAUGUCCAGUUCCCUAUUUCACGAGAGGUUUCCAAGAUGACCACCUUAAAAAAGCAAAAGCAGUUGGAAGCAUUGUUUAUGAAGAUCUUGGAGCAAACAGUGAAAGAGGAAAGGAUUAUUUUCAUCAUCGAUGAAGGCCAGUUUAUUGACUCAGCCUCCUGGGCCUUUAUGGAGAAGCUGAUCCGGACAGUUCCUAUCUUCAUCAUCAUGUCCCUGUCGCCCUUCGUUGACAUACCCUGUACGGCAGCCAGCACCAUAAUGAAGAACAGGAACACCACCUACAUCACCCUCGGAGCCGUGCAGCCUAAGGACAUCCGCAACAAGGUCUGCCUAGACCUCAGCGUCAGGGGCAUCCCCAAAGAACUGGACACGUACCUGGUGGAGGGAAGCUGUGGGAUUCCGUUUUACUGUGAAGAAUUGCUAAAAAACCUUGACCAUCACAGGGUACUUGUUUUCCAACCGAUGGAGUCUGAGGAAAAGACCAAUAUGACCUGGAAUAACCUGUUCAAGAAUUUUAGUAGGCCAACCGAGGAAUUAAAAAUAUUUACUCCUAAUAAUGAGGAGGGAAUUGAAGAAGUCUGUAACCUCGCCAGUGGUGUCAGAUUGAAAAACUUGUCACCGCCAGCAUCAUUAAAAGAAAUCUCUCUGGUUCAGCUGGAUAGCAUGAGCCUUUCCCACCAGAUGUUGGUGAGAUGUGCUGCCAUUAUUGGCCUGACCUUCACCACGGAGUUGUUGUUUGAGGUUCUGCCUUGUUGGAACAUGAAGAUGAUGAUCAAGGCCCUGGCAACUCUAGUGGAAUCCAACGUCUUUGAUUGUUUCCGGAAUGGCAAGGAACUCCGAACAGCCCUAAAACAGCAUGCGGCCUCGUUUGAGGUGAAUUAUCGCUCGCUGUCUCUGAAGCCUAGUGAGGGAAUGGCUCAUGGUGAGGAGGAAGAGCUCCACGAGCUGGAAAGCGAGGUCAUCGAGUGCCACAUCAUUCGAUUUUGCAGGCCUAUGAUGCAGAAGACAGCCUAUGAACUGUGGCUGAAGGACCAGAAGAAAGCCAUGCACUUGAAAUGUGCCCGCUUUUUAGAGGAAAAUGCACACAGAUGUGACCAUUGCCAAAGUGGGGACUUCAUCCCCUACCACCACUUCACAGUGAACAUUCGCCUCAACAGUUUGGACAUGGAUACCAUUAAGAAGAUGGCUAAGUCCCACGGAUUUAAAACUGAAGAAGAGACCACCUUUUCCAAAAUAGAGAUUCAUAAGAAGUCUGAGAUAUUUCCUGAAAAUCUCAGUCCUGAAGAAAUAAGAGAAAAGAUCUUGAGUUUCUUUGAUGUCAUCAUAACAAAAAUGAGGACGGCUGAGGAAGACAUCAUUCCUCUGGAAUCUUGCCAGUGUGAGGAGAUCGUAGAGAUGGUCAUCAUGCCUCUGGCCCACCAUUUUCUGGCUUUGGGAGAAAACAACAAAGCCUUAUAUUACUUCCUAGAAAUUACAUCUGCUUAUCUCAUCUUGGGUGAUAAUUAUAUGGCAUACAUAUAUUUGAACGAGGGAGAGAGGUUGCUGAAAAUGCUCAAGGACGACAAAUCCUGGAGUCAUACUUUUGAGUCGGCUACCUUUUACAGCCUCAAAGGUCAGGUCUGUUUCAACAUGGGCCAGAUGGUGCUUGCCAAGAAAAUGCUGCGGAAGGCACUGAAGCUGCUCAAGAGAAUCUUUCCUUACAACUUAAUCUCCCUGUUUCUUCACACCCAUGUUGAGAAAAACAGACACUUUUACUAUGUGAAUCAACAGGCCCAAGAGAGCCCACCUCCAGGGAAGAGGAGGCUGGCGCAACUCUACAGGCAAAUCGCGUGCUUCUCCUUGCUGUGGCAGAUCUAUAGCUUGAAUUAUUUUUUCCACUACAAGUAUUAUGGCCACCUAGCAGCUAUGAUGCAAGUGAAUACGGCCCUGGAAACUCAAGAUGAUUUUCAGAUCAUUAAGGCCUACCUGGACUAUUCACUGCACCACCAGCUGGCCGGCUACCAGGGUGUGUGGUUCAAAUAUGAAAUCAUGGCCAUGGAACAGAUCUUCAACCUCCCCCUGAAAGGCGCGGGCAUUGAAAUCGUGUCAUAUGUGGCUGAUACACUGGGCUAUACCAAGCUUUUAAUGGGUCACUUGGACUUGGCCAUUGACUUAGGCUCUCGAGCCCGCAAGAUGUGGACUCUGCUCCGGAAUCCCAACAGACACUACAUGGUCCUCUGCUGGCUUAGUAAAUCUCUCUUCUUGAAAAACAGAAACAAGCAAUUGAUCCAGGUGUUGGGGUGGCUGUGGGACCUUUCUAUAAGAGAAGAGCACAUCUUCAGCAAGGCAUUCUUCUAUUUUGUCUGCCUGGACAUCAUGCUUUAUUCUGGCUUUGUUUAUAAGACAUUUGAAGAAUGUUUGGAAUUCAUAUACCAAAAUGAAGACAACAGAAUCCUCAAAUUCCAAAGCGGAAUCCUCCUGGGACUCUAUUCCUGUGUGGCUAUCUGGUAUGCCAGGCUUCAGGAAUGGGACAACUUCCACAUAUUUUCCAGUAGAGCUAAAAACCUAGUGCCCAGAAGAACGCCGACAGCUCUCUACUAUGAAGGAAUCUGUAGGUACAUGGAGGGAGAAGUUCUCUACCUUCAGAAGCAGAUCGAGGGUCAAUCUGAGAAUGCUCAAGACAGUGGAGUCGAGCUACUCAAGAACUUGGAGAGCCUCGUGGCUCAGAAUACCACUGGCCCUGUCUUCUACCCGAGGCUCUACCACCUGAUGGCCUAUGUCUGCAUACUAAUGGGAGACGGGCAGAACUGUGACCUCUUCCUGAACACAGCCUUACAGUUCUCUGAAACACAGGGGAAUGUGCUGGAGAAAUGCUGGCUGAACAUGAGCAAAGAACGGUGGUACUCAAGCUCUGAGUUAAUAGAAGACCAAUGGCUUCAAACAAUCUCGAGUCUCCCAUCAUGGGAAAAAAUUGUAUCCGGCAAGGUAAACAUGCAGGAUAUUCAAAAAAACAAAUUCCUGAUGAGAGUUAAUAUCCUGGACAAUCCUUUCUAACAUUUCAUGAAAGAGAACAAAGAUUUCAGGCAGACUCCUCCUCUUGCAGUUACCCAUUAUUACCCUUUCUCUGUAGCCGGCACCCUCCAGGUUCCCGCAUAUUCUCUUCCGUUCCAGACACAGAACCAGCCACGCUGGUUUCAACCCUCCCUUUCUGGAGGGUCAGAAAGGGUCAGCAGGGUCAUGCUUACUCUCUCUUCACUUCACACAAACUCCCUUACCUCUCAUUUUCAGCUUGACCUGUUCAUUUCAGCCCAUUCAAAAUGUGUGUCCUGGGGAAAAAUAUCAAUAUCAAAAUGGUACACUUUGUGACAGAUACAAUUUCUAGUGAAUCUAUUAAACUUAAAAUGUUUAUUUUUA